AUGUUUGUUUCUUUUCUUACUCUUUCGCUCGCUACAUCACUCUAUGCGCAGUCUAGCGCAGCUCUGGAUAUCGAUGUAAAGGACCAGGAUUCGAUCAAGAGCGUCGCAAAGACGCUCGCCGGGGGCAUUGUCGAUUCGUACCAGAGUGGCUUGAAGAAAGAUCUCAUUCCUGGACUUUUCCCUGAUCCGUAUUAUUGGUGGGAGGCGGGCGCUGUGUUCGGCAGUCUUGUUGACUACUCGUACUUGACUGGCGAUAACCAAUACGAUGAUCUCCUCGGCGAAGGUCUUGCACAUCAGAUUGGCGAAUUUGACGCCUUCAUGCCCUCGAACCAAAGCAAAAGUCUCGGUAAUGAUGACCAAAGCACCUGGGGCCUUACAGCUAUGUCUGCUGCCGAGAAUGGCUUCACGACCAACAAAAUCGGAAACUUGUCAUGGGACGUCCUGGCAAGUAACGUCUUCGACACCCAGGCCCUCCGUUGGAACGAGAAAACAUGCGGUGGAGGUUUGAACUGGCAAAUCUACCAAUUCAACAAUGGUUACACGUAUCGAAACGCCAUUUCCACGGGAAACUUCUUCCUGCUAGCUGCCCGGCUCGCGAAAUUCACCGGUAACGCCACCUACACCGAAUGGGCGGAAAAAGCAUUCAACUGGACACAGGAGAUUGGUUUGGUGUCAGAGGAAUACAGAGUCUUUGACGGAACGGAUGAGACCCGAAACAACUGCUCCGAUAUCAAUCAAAUACAGUGGUCCCAAAACAUCGGUAUCUACACUGAAGCCGCAGCUCACAUGUGGAAUUUGACCACCAAUGACAAGUGGAGAAAUACGCUGAACGGUUUUAUCAACACAACCUUCGACGUCUUUGCGGAGAAAAACAUCCUCACCGAAGUCGCUUGCGAAAAAAACGGGAAAUGCAAUACCGACCAGAAGGCCAUGAAGGGCAUCGCCACUCGUUCCUUCGCCCGCGCAAUCGCAUCGGCUCCUUUCAUCUCCGACUACCUCACGCCCUUGCUCGAGGGUUCCGCAAAGGCUGCAGCCGAGGGCUGCAGCACCAAGAAUAAGCAGGUGGAAUGCAGCCUCAGAUGGACUAGCCAGAACGACGGGAGCAGCGGUCUUGGUGAGUCGUUCAGUGCACUGGCUGUAGUGCAGGCGCUGCUGGUGCCGAACGCAAAACCACUUGCCACUAAAUCUUCCAAUGCCACAUCGACCGGAAGCCCUACAGAAAGCAACCCUGCUGCGAGUGGAAGUGGGCAGCCUGCAGAGAACGAGGGGGCGGCGGACACGAUUGUUGCGUCGCGCAGUCUGGUAGUUGUCAUCGCCGUGCUAGCUGCCGCCCUCCUAUAG